CAACGGCUGUCAAUCUGUCAAAUGAUAAAUGUCAAACGGUCCACAUAUUGCAAAAUAUUGCGUUAACUGUUUUGGUGUUUUGCCCAAACACCAUUCAUAAUACUACAGAAACUUAUUCUGAAAAUAUAUUUGUUGUUCUGCUAAGUCUUCAAAACAAUAGUUGAGAAUAUCUUCAAAAUGGCCCGCAAUAGUAACGAAAAAGGAGAAGACAGCGUCGAUCCUGCGGCCGUCGUCUCCAAUGUAAAAAGUACAUUUAAAAAGGAAAUAAUAAAAGAGCUAUUAAAUGGUUCGUUCCAAGACAACAAGAUGAAGCUGGGCAAUGAUGCAUUGCUGCUGGUGGUGGAAGUGGCCAAGUGCCUCGUCACUGAAACCUGUUUGCGAGCUUCAACACAUGCCCUGCAAGAAGGCUGCGAGAAAGUAGACAUUGAGCAUAUUGAAAAGUGCCUCCCACAGUUGAUGUUGGACUUCCCAUAGACAGCAAAUUGGGGAACAAAUGAGGAUUAUAUUCAAAAAGAUUUAUUUCUGGAUGUUUAUUGAUGACUUCUGUACUCACAACCAAUAGCUGAUACAUUAAAUCCUUUAAUACAAAUUGAUCUCAAUAAAAAUGUAUAUUCUGUAAUUUAAGAUAAAAUGUGGAAAAAUAUAGUGCCAAUGAAUUAUAUUCUAUAAAAGGACAUCAUUAUAAACUAUAGCUUAUAAUGACCAGGAUGAGAGGAGAUGCAGUUGUUAUGAAGAAAGAGAGAGUUUUAAGUUCAAAUGCCAAGAUUAAGUAUUGAUGGGAGAGCUUCAGGAAUUCUGUUCUACCGAAUAUCUCACUAGUAUAAAUAUACAUUAUGUAAACACCUGCAAAGAUGUUAUAAGUAAACAUGGAAACUUCUUAAUGGAUUUAGAUGAAAUUUUGCAGACAUGCCAUGUCCUAGAUAUAGGAUAUUUUACACAAAGAACAUCACAAGACUUUCAUUACAGUAAAAGUUUUUAACAUGGAUGAAAUAAAUGGAAUUGGCUCUUUAUAGUUACUUACAACACAUUUUCAAACUGUAGAAAUGUUGCAAGUUGUUCUAAGUACAGUAUUCAUCCAAAGUUGAUAGUCUUUAUAGAUAUAUCAAAAAUAAUGUGCAAAACGAUUAGAAAUAUGUUCAAGGAUGUGGAGCAUGUGCAAAAAUAUUCUAAGCCAAAAUAAUUUGUGUACCUAUUUUGGAUUGUAAGUUAUUGCAUCCACUAUAUUUGUUAAAUUGUUGAAAUAUAUUAUUUUCCUGUAA